AAGUUAUCAAUAUCGAUUUUUUAGUGGCAAGACUUUAAUCAUAUGACAGUCAGCCAUAAGUUUUCGAACAAAAUGGGUGUAACAAUGGCUCUUUUUUGGAUUACCCUUGUAAUAUCUAUUAUUGGAUCUAAUGCUGGAGGCGAAUUUAGUGUUCUACAUAGUCCGCAAUCCUUGAAGUUUACAGGCUCAAGUAAAACCUUCGAAAGCCUACUGAAAGAAGUAUUUUCUGCUUCUCUUGGGCUGUCCGUAGAAGAGAAUUCCGAAUGGAAUGGUCUUUCAAUUGUUGACCCUUUCAACACACCUGAAGCAGUUGUUGAAGUUUAUAUAGAUGGUGUGUCCUCUUUGGGAGAAAAUGCUGGCUUGAAAGGUAAAAAUUUUCCUCUGAUUGUUGAUGAAUAUGAGCCUGACACUUAUGAUGCUAUUGAGCACAGGAUUAACCAGAGAUUUACAAAUGGUGGCAACAAACUUGUUAAAAUCAAAUUAUCUGAGCCAGAUGAUUUAUUAUCAGCCUCCAAAAUUUUUGGAGAAAUUGUGCCUCAGAAGGUCUCAAAACAAUCAUUGCAGCAUUUGAAAUAUGAUAGAAAUGAGGAAGAUUAUCAAUUUCUUUAUGAACUUGAAGUGCUGAAAGCUUUAACAGCUAAGAUCAGGUCUGGAGCAGUUUCAGCAGAUAACAUUCUUGAUUUCUACAACAUCAGGUUCCGUUCUUUGCACCCACUUUCUGAUUUACAUGGCCCUAAUUCUCUGCAAACUAAAGAAGCUAAAAAAUUAUUAGGGAAUGCAUUGCAAGAACUGAGUGAUGCAUUUGUGAAGGCUUAUGAAGGAUCAGUUUUGGUAACAGCUGUCACCACUGAUGUGGCACACACACGAUCUAUUAGAGCUGCACCUGAAUUCAGAUUGGAGAUACAGGAUAACUACACAGCAGACUAUGCUGCUAUUUUUAACAUUAUGUUGUGGUUCGGAGUGGUAUUCACAUUUACACUGGUUGCUAUUGUCUAUGCUAUUAUGGACAUGGACCCUGGCAGAGAUUCCAUCAUUUACCGUAUGACAAGCACUAGAAUGAAGAAAGAUAACUAAAUUAUAAAACUUUCUUUAGUGAAGCCCUGUGUUUUCUUCACUUUGUAGUACCAAUAUUAAACAUUCGAAUAUGUAAGGAGUCAAAUUAUACAUAUUCCUUGGACCUACACCUAUUAUUGAUUAAACGAGGUAACCUUAGGUGAUCUUGUUAACUUAUUGUAUUAAUAAGUAUAAUAUUAUAGUGUUAUGUGAGUUGUAAUUUUAUGAUCUUGAAAUAAAGGUUCGUUAAAUAAA